AUGGCUUUUAAUAAUGAAGAAGAGAAGACUGAGGACUACCUUUUCAAGAUUGUUUUAAUUGGUGAUUCAGCUGUUGGGAAAUCAAAUUUACUUGCACGAUUUGCUAGGGAUGAGUUUUAUCCUAAUUCGAAGUCAACUAUAGGAGUAGAGUUUCAAACUCAAAAGAUUGAUAUUAAUGGAAAGGAAAUUAAAGCACAGAUAUGGGACACUGCUGGGCAGGAGAGGUUCAGAGCUGUUACAUCUGCAUAUUAUAGGGGUGCAGUUGGAGCUCUUCUGGUGUAUGACAUCAGCCGACGUCAAACAUUUGAUAGCAUAGGCCGGUGGCUUAAUGAACUCCAUACUCACUCAGACAUGAACGUUGUCACAAUACUUGUUGGGAACAAGUCAGAUCUUAAAGAUUCAAGGGAAGUUGCUACAGCUGAAGGCAAGGCAUUGGCUGAGGCACAGGGUUUGUUCUUUAUGGAGACAUCAGCUCUGGAUUCAUCAAAUGUGGCAGCUGCUUUCGAAACUGUUGUAAAGGAGAUUUACAACAUCUUAAGUCGGAAGGUUAUGAUGUCUCAAGAGCUCAACAAAGAGGAUGUUGCCAGAAUGGAAAAUGGAAAGACUGUUGUUCUACAAGGGGAAGGCGAAGGCGAAGGGGAAGGAGAAGCAGCAGCAGCAGAUGCCGAGGCAGCAAAGGGUUGUUGUUGA